AUUUAGAAUAAGAAAUAUUAAAAAGAGUAUAAAUGAUGUAUCAUUUACGACUUGUGUAACAGUUUAGACUUUACGUCAGUUGAGAGGGGAAUCAUGACACGACUGAAGCUGAAGAUACUUAAGCUAAGAAGUCAGUAAAUGUUUGCAGUUUGCAGUUUGUCUUGGCCAACAAACGUAACUAUUAUACAUCACUUAGUGAAAUUAGUGGAUCGCAUUCAGAAUCUCAUAUUUACGACAAAAGCUCUGAAUAUUUCUGGCAAAAUGAUUGGCCAUGAGUUGGAGAAUUUUAUAGUGGAAAAUAAUGUUUAUAAGGGACCAGUAAAGCACAUUAAUAUUAGUAAUUACAAAAGUGUCGGAGAAUUGGUAUGGAAUAGCAUUAGAAGAAAUGGGGAUAAAAUCGCACAUUUGGAUGCGCGUACUGAAGAAACUGUCACAUACAAUGAGCUUCAAGAUAAAACUGUGCGAUGCGCAUUGUGGCUUCAAAAACAAAAAAUUAAAUCUGACGAUGUCGUUACUGUGUGCUCGGGUAAUCAUGUUAAUUCUAUCGUACCCUGUCUUUCAGCAGCUUAUAUUAAUGUAAUCUGCAAUCCGUGGGACGAGGGCAUGGACUUGCCAACUGCUCUGCAUCUAAUGCAACUGACCAUGCCAAAGAUCAUUUUCUGCAGCGAGAAAUCUAUAGAUGUUAUCUUGAGGGCGAUGAAAGAGAAAAAUUACAAUCCCACUCUGGUAGUUUUCGGCAAGCAUAUCGAUGCGAUUUCAUUCUCCGAUAUUUUGAAAAAUUGUAAUGAUGCUGAAAUAGCAAAUUUUCAUUACAUUGAGCUCGAUGACGUCAAGAAGACAUUUUGCAUUUUGUACUCGUCGGGUACUACGGGGAUGCCAAAGGGCGUCGAAUUGUCCAAUUAUUCUUUAUUAAAUAUUACCCAGGACACAGUCAUAAAUAUGAAUAACGUGUCAUCACUUUGGUUUUCUUCUCUUUAUUGGUUGAGUGGGAUAAUACUGAACUUCUUAGCCAUCGCGCAAAGCGCCAAAGUGAUCCUUUAUCCAGAAUUUGAAGAAGAGAUGACUUGUAGUCUCAUCGAGAAAUUUAAAGUAGAAGUUAUUUUCCUUAGCACGAGCAUGGCAAAUCGGUUUCUCAGAGCAGAUUGUAUAAAGAAAUAUUCGUUAUUAUCUUUGAAAGUUAUUUUGAUCGGUGGUGCAAUACUCAAGUCAAAAGCGCAGGAACAACUGAGACGUAUUUUACCGCAUGUUGAAAUAGUGCAAGGUUACGGAAUGACGGAAAUCAGUGGUAUAGCAACGAUGCAAAAAUUACAUCACAAAAGUGGAUCUUGCGGGGUAGUACACAGUAAUGUACAAAUGAAGAUCGUGGAUCCGGAGAGCGGGAAAACACUUGGUCCAAAUCAACCGGGAGAAAUAUGGAUAAAAUCUAAUAUCAUGAUGAACGGUUACUAUAAAAAUCCUAAGGCGACAAGAAAUACGCUUGAUGAGGAAGGAUGGUUGCACUCGGGUGAUAUCGGUUAUGUAGACGAAGACGGGGAAUUAUUCAUUAUUGAUAGAAUAAAAGAACUGAUAAAGUACAAAGGUUAUCAAGUAUCUCCCGCAGAAAUCGAGAAUAUCUUAUUAAUGCAUCCAGCAGUGCUAGAAGCUGGAAUAGUAGGAGUGCCUCAUCCAGUAGACGAUGAACAUCCUCUUGCUUAUAUCACCAAAAAACCUGGCGCAAAGAGUAACAUUGUUGGAUCUCAUUCAGAAUCUCAUAUUUAUGACGGAAGACUUAUAAAUAUUUCUGGCAAGAUGGUUGGCAAUCACUUAGACGAUUUUACAGUGGAAAAUGGUGUUUACAAGGGGCCAGUGAUAGAUCAUGUUGGUAACUAUAAGAGCAUCGGAAAAUUGAUGUGGGAUAGCUUUAGAAGCCAUGGCGAUAAAAUAGCACUUUUGGAUGCACAAACUGAGGAAACCGUCACAUACGCGGAACUUCAAGAUAAAAUUGUGAGAUGUGCUUUGUGGUUGCAAAAACAAGGAAUCAAAUCUGAUGACGUCAUCACUGUGUGCUCGGGUAAUCAUCUUAAUUCUAUCGUGCCCUGUCUGUCAGUAACUUAUGUCAACGCAAUCUUCAAUACAUGGAACGAGGCUAUGAACUUGCCAACUGCGCUGCACCUAAUGCAAGUGACUAUGCCGAAGAUCAUCUUCUGCAGCGAGAAAUCUAUGGAUGUUAUGUUGAGCGCGACGAGAGAGAAAAAUUACAAUCCCACUCUGGUAGUUUUCGGCAAGCAUGUUGAUGCGAUUUCAUUCUCCGAUAUUUUGAAAAACUGUAGCGAUGCGGAAGUAGCAGAUUUCCGUUAUGUUGAGCUCAAUGAUAUCAAGAAAGCAGCUUGCAUUUUGCACUCAUCGGGCACUACAGGGAUGCCGAAAGGUGUUGAAGUGUCUAACUAUUCUAAAUUAUAUGUCAACCUGGACACCUAUUUAGAUAUGAAUAAUGUGCCGUCACUUUGGUAUUCUUCUCUUUAUUGGUUGACUGGAAUAAUAAUGAAUUUCACAGGAAUCGUGCAAGGCUCCAAAAUGAUUAUUUAUCCUGAAUUUGACGAGGAGAUGACUUGUCGUCUGAUCGAAAAAUAUAAAGUAGCAACUCUUUUUCUUAGCACGAGCAUGAUAAGUCGAAUUCUCAGAGCAAAUUGUAUAAAAAAAUAUUCUUUAUCAUCUAUGAAAAUGAUAAUGAGCGCUGGUACAAUGUUAAAACCAGAAGUUCAAGAAGAACUGAGACGUAUUUUACCGCAUGUUAAAAUAGUGCAAGGUUAUGGAAUGACCGAAGUUUAUGGUCUCAUAACGAUGCAACUACCUCAUCACAAAAGCGGAUCUUGCGGAGUAGUAAGGAAAAAUGUACAAAUAAAAAUUGUGGACAUAGAAAGCGGAAAAGUACUUGGUCCUAAUCAGUCUGGAGAAAUAUGGAUAAAAUCUGUAACCAUAAUGAACGGUUAUUACAGAAAUCCUGAGGCGACACGAAAUACGAUUGAUGAAGAAGGAUGGUUGCACACGGGUGAUAUCGGUCAUGUAGAUGAAGAUGGGGAAUUAUUCAUUACUAAUAGACUAAAGGAACUCAUAAAGUACAGAGGAUAUCAAAUUUCUCCCGGAGAAAUUGAAAAUGUUUUAUUGACGCAUCCAGCAGUGUCAGAAGCAGGAAUCGUAGGAGUACCUCAUCCAGUGGACGAUGAACAUCCUCUUGCUUAUGUCAUGAAAAAACCGGGAGCUAAGGUGACAGAACAGGAAUUGAUAGACUUUGUGGCAGAGAAUAUGAUGGAUCAUUGCAAAUUACGCGCAGGAGUGAUAUUUUUGGACAGUUUCCCGUAUACUGGUUCAGGAAAAGUUUCGAAACAAGAGUUGAAAGAAAUGACUAAAAAAUUGAUUAAACACGAUUCUUCUGGCAAAAUGGUUGAAAAUAUUCCGAAGAAUUUUACCAUAGAAAAUGGCAUCUACAAAGGACUAGAGAAACAUAAUUUAGAUAAUUAUGGGAGUUUUGGAGAACUAAUGUGGACUAGUAUUAGAAAUAAUGGGGAUAAAAUUGCACAGUUAGACGCAUGUACUGAAGAAACAGUAACGUACUCGGAGCUGCAAAAUAAAGUCGUGAGAUGCGCUUUGUGGUUACAAAAACAAGGAAUCAAAUCUGGUGACGUCAUCACUGUAUGCACAGGCAAUCAUACUAAUUCUAUUGUGCCCUGUCUUUCAGCAGCUUAUAUCAACGCAAUCUUUAAUCCAUGGUACGAAAACAUGGACUCGAAAACUACAUUGUACUAUUUGCAAAUGACGACGCCAAAGAUAAUCUUCUGCAGCGAGAAAUCCGUACACGCCGUCUUAAGCGCGGUAAAAAAGCAGAAUUAUAGUUGCAAGGUGGUGGUUUUCGGCAAGCACGCUGGUGCGACUUCGUUCUUUGAUAUCCUGAAAAAUUGCAAUGAUGCAGAAAUGGCAAAUUUCCGUUAUGUUAAACUCGACGACAUCAAGCAGACAGCGUGUAUUUUGCAUUCAUCGGGUACCACGGGGAUGCCAAAGGGCAUCGAGCUGUCCAACUACUCUAUGAUAGCUCUCGUUCAAACAAACAAUAUGAACUUGACCAGCAAACCAACACUUUGGUACUCUAGUCUAUAUUGGUUGACUGGGAUAGUAAUGAACUUCUGUGGGAUUGCACAAAGUUUCACAGCAAUCAUCUAUCCGGAAUUUGACGAGGAGAUGACCUGCCGAUUGAUUGAGAAAUACAAAAUACAAGAUAUGUUCCUUAGCACAAGCAUGAUCAAUCGGUUACUUAAAUCCGGUUGCGUAAAGAAAUAUUCAUUAUCAUCUUUAAAAUCCAUAAAAUGUGGUGGUACAUCAGUUAAGGCGAUAGUACAAGAAGAAUUGAAACGUAUUUUGCCACAUGUUCAAAUAUUGCAAGGUUUCGGAAUGACAGAGCUUGGUGAUGUCGCACUACUGCAACUACCAAAUAGCAAGAACGGAUCUUGUGGAGUGCUAGUCAAGAAUGUACAAAUGAAGAUCGUGGAUCCAGAAAGCGGGAAAAUACUUGGUCCAAAUCAACCAGGAGAAAUAUAUUUUAAACACCAAAGCAUAAUGACUGGUUAUUAUAAAAAUCCUGAGGCGACGAAAAACGCAGUGGAUGAGGAAGGAUGGGUACAUUCUGGUGAUAUUGGUUACGUAGACAAAGACGGAGAAGUAUUUAUUGUUGGUAGAAUAAAAGAAUUGAUAAAGUACAGAAAUUAUCAAGUAUCUCCUGGAGAAAUCGAAAAUGUUUUACAUUCACAUCCAGCAGUGUUGGAAGUUGCAGUAAUAGGAGUGCCUCACGAAAUAGAUGACGAACAUCCUCUUGCCUUCGUCAGUAAGAAGCCUGAGGCUAAGGUGACAGAACAGGAAUUGAUAGACUUUGUAGCAAAGAAUAUGACUGAUAUCUAUAAACUACGUGCCGGAGUGAUAUUUUUGGACCGCUUUCCAUAUACGGCUACAGGGAAAAUGUCGAAAAAAGAUUUGAAAGGAAUGGCAAAAGAACUGUUAAAAUAUAAUGACUAAUUAAUUACAAUUUUUUCAAAAAUAAAAAAUUUGUAAAUGUGCAUUUCUCUAACGGGACAUGAUAUUGAACAAAUUUCAGAAAAUAAUUUAAUAAAAUGUAUAAAUGUGAAUUAUAUAUUAUACUGUUAUUAAAAUCUAGUUCUGAAAAUAGUAA